CACACACCAAGGUCAUAGUUAUAAUAGCGACGCGCUAAGUUGCUAGCCACAGCGCGUCUCCCAGCAUUCAAUCUAGGUCCCACCUCCUCCACGUCGGUCCAUUCAUCACCACCCCAUCCAAACAACCGUCAAUUCCGCCAACAACGCAGCAAUAAUGUCAGAAAUUGAAGAUAUGGACGUUGACAUGGUCGAUGACUCUCGCCCUGGCGAGAUCGCCUUUUCCAGCGAUCAGAAGGGCAAGAAGAUGAGCAAAGCUAACCUUCCAGUGAGCGCGGGUGAUACACUUCCCUGGGUCGAGAAGUAUCGCCCCGACACCCUGUCGGACGUCUCAGGACACGAAGACAUCCUCCAAACCAUCAAUCGCUUCGUCGCCACCAACCGCCUCCCGCAUCUUCUCUUCUACGGCCCCCCAGGCACCGGCAAGACCUCCACCAUCCUCGCCCUAGCUCGCCACAUCUAUGGCGCCAAAAACGUGCGCCAACAAGUCCUGGAGCUCAACGCUUCCGACGACCGCGGCAUCGACGUGGUGCGCGAGCAAAUUAAGACGUUCGCCUCGACGCGGCAGAUAUUUGGCGGGGUGGCAGGCAAGGGCGACGGGCUCGGCGGGUUCAAGCUCAUCAUCCUCGACGAAGCGGACGCGAUGACGUCGGCCGCGCAGAACGCCCUGCGCAGGAUCAUGGAGAAGUACACCGCCAACACACGGUUCUGCAUCAUCGCGAACUACACGCACAAGCUCAGCGCCGCGCUGCUGAGUAGGUGCACGAGGUUCAGGUUCAGUCCGCUGCCGGUCACCGCGCUGAGGAAGAGGGUCGAUCAUGUUGUCGUCCAGGAGGGCGUCAAGAUCACCCCCGGCGCCGUCGAUGCGCUGCUCAAAUUGUCGAGGGGCGAUAUGCGUCGCUCGCUGAACGUGCUACAAGCGUGCUUUGCGAGCAGCACCCCGCUAAAUGAGAAGGGACAUCCGGAUCCGACGCUGGAGCGAGAAGAUAUCACCGAGUCCAAUAUCUACGAUUGUAUUGCGGCGCCCCAUCCGGAGGAUAUCAGGCAGAUUGUUAAUACCCUCCUCGAGAGCGAUAUCACGACGAGCUUGAGAACGAUUCAUGAUAUAAAGACGAAGAAGGGGCUUGCAUUGGCGGAUAUCUUGAGUGCCCUGGGUGAGGAGCUGUGUAGACUUGAGGUGCCGGCGCAGACCAGGGUUAUGUGGAUGGAGGGGCUGGCGGAGAUUGAGUGGAGAGUGGGUAGUGGCGGUGGGGAAAAUGUGCAGACCGGUGGGCUGGCGGGAGUGGUCAGGCAGGGUGUUGCUGUAAUGAAGAACAAGAAGUAGAGGUGCAUCUAAGGACGAUGAAUGGGAUUUGACAGUGAUGAUGGACUUCACAUCUUUGUUCAUCAUUGUCUUCCCAAAGUAAUCGUCACCAAGUAUAACAAAACCCAGCAGC